UCUGGCACUGUGCCAGUUUCAAGUAGUAACACACAGGGAAAUGUGAACCCUGGAUUUGGACCAAAUACUCCACAAAGGACUAAUCUUCAGCAAAAUACUGAUUCUCCUCUGAUUAAACAAUUACUGCAGCAGAAAAUGCAGCAACCUUUGCGUUCAGGGGAACAUGGUAUGAUACCUCCCCCGCCUUAUCCUCAACAGCAACAACAUCAGCAAAACUUACAACAAUUGCCUCAACAGAAUGUUUUGCAACAACAGUAUCCACAACAGCAAGUGGUACAGCAACAGAAUUGCAUGCAACAACGUAUCCACAACAGCAAGUGGUACAGCAACAUCAACAGGUUAUACAGCCAAAUGUAAUGCAGCAACAGGUUGCCCAACACAAUGUUAUGCAACAGCAACAAAUGUCUCUGCAACCAAAUAUAAUGCAGCAGCAGAAUUCUCAGGGGAAUGUUGGGCCACAGCAAAUGUUGCAACAACAACAUUUAGCGCAACAAAAUCCUGCUCAGCAGUCAUUGUCUCAAAAUAACCCAGCUCAGCAACAGCAGAAUACAAUGCAACAACAUUCUCAGAUUGUUCUACCAGGUUUAGUGCAAGUCCCGCAAAGUAUGACUCAACAACAACAACAAUGUUCACAGCCACAAGUGAUGCAGCAACAACAAUCAGAUUGGACCCAAAACUGUACACAAGAACAGUAUCAGCAGCAACAUCAGUGGAACACACAACGACAAAACUGGCAGAAUCAUUCUCCAGGAUACCAGCAGCCUAACCAGAACAGACAACCUCAAAAUAUGGUGUAUCGAAAUCAACUUUCUAUUGCAUAUCAAGGUCAGACAACCCAGAAUCAGAGUGUACCAGCACAGAACUGGCAGAACCAAAACCAGAACCAGAACCAGUCUCAGCAGCAACAAUCAGCGACAGGUCAAGUCAACUCAAUAAAUCAGUGGAACAACCCAUCAUGGCAAUCCAGUCCUCACAGGCCACCAACACCUCAAAGUCCGCUGGGUCCUAGACCCCCACCACCCCCAUACAAAGCUGCUCGGUCACCGAAAAGAUCACUGAGUACAGGUAGACGUACACCGCAGAAGAAUAUGUCGCCAAGAAGUAGGAGUUUGUCACCCAGGAGUUUAUCACCCCGCUCUGUUGAUAGUACCACUAUGAUAUGUGGUAAGGAGGAACAAGCCAGAGAUGUGAUAGGAUCAGAGUUACACCUAGAAGAUAAAGAACAAAUUAUUGAAUUAGUGGAAAACACAGCUGUUAUCGAAGAAAAGGAAAAUGCUGACAUGGUGAAUAACAGUCAAAAUGCACUUGAGAAUCGUAUUAAAGUAAGUGCAGUUGACGCACCUUCGGGUCAGCGAGAUAAACUUGGAAAGGACUUGCCUCUUUGUGCAGAAGACAAAGAACAUGCAAUACAACUGUUACAGAUUGAGAUUGCAGCAAAAAAAUCAGCAGAAAAUAAUAUGGAAGUUGAUCGUGAUGAUAGGAAAGAGGAACCCAUGGAAAUGGAGAACAUUAAGACCAUUGUUGAUGUAAAAGAAAAUGCAAUAUCAAACAAAACUGUGGUCAAUGUGGUUAUAGUAAAUGGUCCAAGUGUGCCGAGCAAAGAGUUUGAUAAUGUCAAAGAAAUUAAUGAGAAACUUAGUGGAAUGUCAAAAGACCUUGUGAAAGAUGUGUUUAAUAAAAGUCUUUCACAUGAUAAUAUAAUUAACGGGUAUUGUGACGGGGAUAAUCUGAAAAUAAGUGCAGAAGAUAAAGACGUUAUUGUAAACAGAGUAGAGCAUGACCUUAAACAAAAAGGGCAGGGGGACUCGCCGGAAACUAACAACACCAAGAAAAAUGGACAUAUUAUUGAAAAUGGACCAAGUAAUAAAAACAGCAUUCCAUCCAGUAAGUGUAAAGUAGUCAAUCAGAAUUCGUUUUAUAGAGACAUACGUGAGCAUCUGCCACCUGGGACUUUGCCUUCAGCCACUCAGGUGGGCUCCUUUAAAAAUAAUGAUGUAACAACCAGUCAGGUGCCAGUGUUAUGCUCCAAUCAAAUUAGUGAAAGCAAUCAAAACUCUGUGGUGGGAGACACUCUGGAUAUGGUGUCUGAAAAUGGGGAUGUUUUAGCUCAGGGAAUUAGCACAAAGCAACCUAAUAAUGACAAUUCUGCUGCAAACAAAGUUGAUAAUCUUGAACUAUGUGGCAAUGAGGAACAUGCCAGUGUAGCAGCAACACUUGGCCAAGGACCAAUAUUGCAGAAUACAAAUAUACCAGCAGCAGACAAUAAACCUAUCAAGAGAUCAAAUGAGGAUCCUAUUGAUUCAAAUAUCCCUAAUAAAAUAAGUGCAGUUGAACAGCUUCCUGAUGUAAAGCAAGAACAUUAUAAUAAAGAUGGAGAUGUGUCAUCAGUCAGUACGAGUUUACCGACACCUGAUGAAGUUGUUUCAUCAGUGAGUAAGAGUUUGCCGACACCUGAUAAUGAUGUGUCGUCAGUUAACACAAGUUUGUCAACACCAGUUAAAGUAUCAACACCACCACCACCACCACCUCCCGGACUCCAAAAACCUAAUAAUAUAUGCAUAUGUGCUUGGAGUAACUGUUCUAGAGCUUUCAAUUCACCAAAGGGUUUGUAUAGCCAUGUUAUCAAAAGCCAUGUAUCUCGGGAAGAAUACCAAGGUGUGUGUUUAUGGCAAAAUUGUGACCGAAUACGACGGCAAAUAUGGUCAUGUGUCAGUCAUAUACAGGAAAAGCACUGUAAUGAACGUGCACUGAUGGAGGCAGCAACAAAGAGGGCUGAAUUAGCAUCUAAAGGUACAGAGGUGAACGAUGAAAUGCAACAGACUCCUACAUCAUCAUCAUCAUCGCAAGCACCACAGCAGCCAUUGAUUUACAAUGCACAUACAGCGUUCCAUGCCAUCAGACGAAGUUUGAAUGUGCCAACACUGAAGGAACUACUG